AACGAUAAUUUUUAGAGAGAGGGGAAAAAGAAAUGAGCGGCGGCGGAGACGGUCGAGGCGGCGGCGGCGGAGGAAACAGAGCGGAGGCGGAUCGGUGGCUGGUGACAUCGGAGAAGCUUCUUGCCUCCGGAGACCUUCAGGGAGCGAAGACCUUCGCGAUCCGCGCUUGCGAGGCCGACCCGACCAGAGCCGGGGCGGCAGACUACAUUCUCGCCAUCUCCGACACUCUCAUCGCCGGAGAGUCUCGCGUGGAUAAAUCCGACCUGCCCGAUUGGUACGCCGUGCUCCGACUCGUUCGCCUGACUCAGAACCCCGGCCUCGCCGCGGCUCAGCACCGGAGGCUCACUCUUCUCCUCAAUCCGACGGUUAAUCGUCUCCCCUUCGCCGAAAAGGCGUAUAAACUCGUCUCUGAUGCUUGGUACGUCCUUUCUGACCCAUCUAGGAAGUCCUUAUACGACCGCGAGUUGCAGCUGAGUCAACUCGACCAACCAGGUUCCCGAAAUCAUCAUCAGCAGCAGCAGCAACAGCAACCCCCGUCGCAGCAAUUUCAGUGGCAGCACCGGCCGAUUUCGGAUAAUGCGGCCGAGGCGGCUCGGAAAACUUCGACUGAAGCUACGGCUCUGAGCUUCUGGACAUCGUGCCCGUACUGCUUUGUACUCUUUGAGUACCCAAAGGACUACGAGGAGUGCGCAUUGCGGUGUCAACACUGUCGGAGAGCGUUUCAAGCCGUGACGAUACAGACACCUCCGGUUGAGGGCAAAGACAAAGAUGUUUAUUUUUGUUCUUGGGCUGUCUUCCCGUUAGGGUUUUCAGGUCAUGACCCCAUUUCCCCGCUCUUCGCCUGCCCGGGUCAGGGGCAGCCGAGCAUGACGGUGAGAAAGGAACAGUCUGCACCGAGGAUAUUUUAUGAUGAUGAUGACAUAUAUGUUGAAAUUUCAGAGGAGGAAUAUGAACCAGGAGAAGAUGAGCUGGAAGAUGAUGAUGAGGAUUGGCUGAAUGAUGAAUCCAUGAACAAGAAGGCAAAGAUUGGUAAAGGAAAAGACACGACCCCAAAAACGAAACAGCGGGCUGAGAAAGCUGGGAGGGGGACCCAAACUGUAGUAAGUAACAAUGCUGUUAGCCAUCCUACGGUUCCAAUCAAACAAAAUGCUACUGUCAUGGUGGGUUCGUCAUCUGGUGGAGCGUCUAAACCAGUUGGUAGUACCAGUAGAAAACGAGUAGGAACUGGAGCUAAGAAUUUGGGAAGGUUAGAUUUGAAUGUGGAGUUCAGUAAUGAAGUGGAAGAGCCUUCGAUGGCGGCAGGGGGAGGAAACAAAGGGGACGGGCUCGGAAGUAUUAGGGAUGUCGAUAAUAUUGAAGGAAUUGGGUUUUUCGAGGGUCUUGAUGAUUUCUUGAGUAGUUUGCCAAUACUUUCAGUUGUUGGGGAUGAUAAGGUCAAGGCUACUUAGUGAAGUAAGGUUUUUUCCUCUCUUUUUCUGUUUAGCUGUCUUGUUUUCUUGCUGUUUUUGGUUGUAGCCUUAACUUUUGUGUAUGAUAGCUGGUGUCUAACAGUAGAAGAGAUUCUGCCAUUUUGAUUCCUUGGAAAUCCAGUUUUAGAUAUGUAUUUUGGGGGUAAAUGAUUGCAUGUUUUUCUUC